AUGACUGACAACAUGGCCCUUUCAGUGCUACCUUCAUUCUCCAAGUGCAUCCGUAGGAUGUCUCGAUCUUCCUCGGGUUCCAGCGCACUUUCCGAGACGACAAAGUUCGAGACGGAACGGCUUUCUGGCAGAAUUACGGGAACAGGCUGGAUUGUUCAACUUCUCAUACAAAUCGGUUGA